CGUCGCCGCCGCCGGGAGCUCCGGUGCAGCGCACUGCUUGGGGGUGGGCGAGCUCAAGUCCCCGCGGCUCGGAGCGGCUGGGAAGCGGCAGGCUAGCUCUCUUCUCCCCGCCGUCCCGUGGUGGUGGUGGUGGUGGUGGUGGGGGGAAACGACACCGACUCUUGGUUCUCUCCAACUUGGGUGCGAGCUAGCGCCGCGUCGCGCCGGCGGCCGGAGCGAUGAAGAUGGUCGCGCCCUGGACGCGGUUCUACUCCAACAGCUGCUGCCUGUGCUGCCAUGUCCGCACCGGCACCAUCCUGCUCGGCGUGUGGUACCUGAUCAUCAAUGCUGUGUUCCUGUUGAUCUUACUGAGCACUCUGGCUGAUCCAAACCAGUAUCCUUUUUCAAGUUCUGAGCUCAGAGGGGACUCUGAGUUCAUGGAUGAUGCCAACAUGUGCAUUGCCAUUGCGAUUUCCCUUCUCAUGAUCCUGAUAUGUGCGAUGGCUACCUAUGGUGCAUACAAGCAACACGCUGCCUGGAUCAUCCCGUUCUUCUGUUACCAGAUCUUCGAUUUUGCCCUGAACACCUUGGUGGCUAUUACUGUGCUUGUUUAUCCAAACUCCAUCCAGGAGUAUGUACGGCAGCUGCCUCCUGACUUUCCCUACAGAGAUGAUAUCAUGUCAGUGAACCCUACUUGCUUGGUCCUUAUUAUCCUUCUGUUUAUCAGCAUUAUCUUGACAUUCAAGGGCUACUUGAUUAGCUGUGUUUGGAACUGCUACCGAUACAUCAAUGGCAGGAACUCCUCCGAUGUCCUGGUUUACGUAACUAGCAAUGAUACCACGGUGCUGCUGCCCCCGUAUGACGAUGGCACUGCGGUGAGUGGCACCACCAAGGAGCCGCCGCCACCCUACGUGUCUGCCUGAGUGUGAGCGCCGUGGAGCGGGAGCAGCGGUGGGAUGCCAGCCACCGGGCAAGAGCUCUGUGCUUCCACCUCCACGGUGGGCUCCUUGAGCCCGUUUGCUGUCAGAUACCACGUUUUAUGAUUUCAAUAUUAAGCUGGGUUCCUCUUGUUGCAGUCAUACGCUUUAGCUGGUUCACUGGGAUAGCGUAGCUAUAGGACUCUCUCCUGAGGGGUGUGGGUGUAAUAAACUCCCUUAGUCUUUCCCCCCAAAUCUAGGUGGCUCUUGAGUUCCCCAUAUUCACUUUCUCUCUCUUCCCUAUAUCUUUUGAAAGGGUAAAAUUAAAUGAAAAUUAGAUAAUACUUUUCUUAAACCAUUCCAGUAUAUAGAACAAUCCCUUAUGAAAACAAGAAUACUAAUUGCAGUAGGUAAAUAGGAGCCCUUAUGUAUAAGAAUUUCCUUCCUGUCUCUAAAUUCAGAAGCAUUUGGAAUUUGCUGGUUAGAUUUUUCUCCAUUUGCUAUACUGAGAUGACCUGAUACCAGCAGAUAGUGAGCUAGGGGUGGGGGUCCCUGUGACAGGAAAACUGACUUGUUUGUAUGGCACCCUCUUUUACAAUGUCCUGCCCUAACUCAAUCUCCCUAUCAAGUAGAAUUGCCCAUACUUGUUUGCCUAAAAAUACGGGAAAAGGUUUUUAUUUGCUGUCCGUAACGUACUUCCAACUCUUGAAUUUCUAAGAAUGGUUAAUUAUCCUUUAAAAUGUUUAGAAAGAUGAGGAGGGUGGUUUCCCUGUGCAAUGCUCUUGAACACAAAGGACAAUUAUGUAUUUGUACGUUCAGAAGCCAGCAGCUCUGCUUGUUCAUCGCCGAAUGUGCUGUAAAUGACGGCUUUCAAUUAAAGUGAGAUGUGUCCACAUCCUGAAAAUGA